CUUAUAUUUUUUUAUUUUUUCAUCUUUCACUGUUCCUUCGUUGGGAUCUGCUGCUGUUUUAUAUAAAUAAAAAAAAACAACAACUAACAAAGUGAGAAAAAAGAGAAAAAAGAAAAAAAACUUGAUGAAAACAAAUGUGUACAAGAAAAUUGAAAUAGAAAAGAAUAGCGAAUCUUCCGAAAAUUGUGAUAAAUUUAUAGUUAAAACAAUAGAGACAAUAAAUCAAUCUUUUUUUUUAAUAAACGAGAAUAAUAAUUAAAAUUUAAAUAAUUAAAAGAAUAUAAUAAUUAAUAUACUCGGCUGCCAGCAUUAUUUAUCUAUACACGUUAUCGGUGCCAGCGUGAUUGAAAGAUUGAAGUUAACGAAUAAAAUUGGAGAUUAACUAUCGCUAUCCCCCCCUCCUCCCCUAUAUAGUCAUCAUAGAGGACAAUAAUAUUAUUAAACGUCAAAGAUGACAUCUCUGGACGUACGUAAUAACUCGGCUGUAAUGAAACGGGCUGAACAGCUUAAACGAUGGGAGGAAUCGGAUACAAAUCAUCAGCCGGCAACCCCAAGACCUGAACGGGGUAAUCGUAUUAAGUUCUCAUCAGGUUGUAUAUUCUUGGCCGCAUGUCUUUCGGGCGAUAAGGAUGAAGUUUUAAAAAUGCUUGAACAGGGAGCCGAUAUUAAUACGUCCAAUGUUGACGGGUUAACAGCAUUGCAUCAGGCUUGUAUUGAUGACAACUUAGAAAUGGUAGAAUUUCUGGUAGAACAUGGAGCCGACAUUAACAGACAAGAUAAUGAAGGUUGGACCCCGUUGCAUGCCACAGCAUCUUGUGGAUUCGUAAGCAUAGCACGAUAUUUGGUGGAGCAUGGCGCUGAUGUGGCUGCCGUUAAUAGCGAUGGCGAUUUAGCCGUCGAUCUGGCUGUCGAUAUUCAACAUGUGCCCAUGAUUGAUUUCAUGCAAAAAAUGGUGGCUGAGCAACAAAUCGAUUGUACCAAAGCACGGCAAGCUGAAGAACAGCAAAUGCUAAGCGAUGCCAAAAGGUGGCUACGUAGCGACGCUUCUGAAGUGAAUCGACCACAUCCGAAAACGGGAGCUACAGCGUUACAUGUUGCUGCAGCGAAGGGCUAUACUAAGGUUUUAAGUUUAUUGCUCGCUGGCCGUGCUAAUGUAGAUGCUCAAGAUAAUGAUGGUUGGACACCGUUACACGCAGCCGCUCAUUGGGGUCAGAAAGAGGCAGCUGAAAUGCUGGUCGACGCCAUGGGCGACAUGGAUGUUCGCAAUUAUGCUGGCCAGACAUGUAUUGAUGUCGCUGAUCGUAAAAUGGUGAAAUUUUUAGAAGAAUUGAGACCGAAUAAUAAACGCAUCAAACGACGACCAUCUAGUCAAAUUAGAAUCUCAGAUACCAUAGAAAGUCAUAUUGAUAAAGCCUCAGCCAAGAUUAUACGCGUUGAAGUACGUCCAGAAAAUAAUAAGGAUCAUGCUAAUGCCUCAAGUUCGUUAGCUUCCGCUUCUGUUACAACAACAACGACAACAACUACAACCAUUACCGGCCAUAAUCUAACAACGAAUUCAGAAUCUGAGGAGACCGAUUCAGAAUUAACCGAUUCCACAGAGAGUUCGCAUUCCACCAGCCUUUCAGAUAAUCAAGAUAAUCAAGAAGAUGAGAAAUCAACCAAUGAAAUACCUGCCGCAGAUGAUGAGACACCAUGGCGUCGGAGUAAUAAUGUGCCACGCGGGCGCACACUCAAUGAAAGUUCAAGUAAAAUUCAAGUUCCUGAUAGAGAUGUUAAUAAAACUACAACAACAAAUAACAGUUCGGAUACAUCCGACAUCAUUUUGAGACGAACUCAAAGCUUUGAAAAUGAUGAAAAGAAAUCACCGCCUCUUAGUCCUACAACUACUCCACCUACAAGUAAUGCAUUAUCGACAACCUCUUCUAUUCAUACUACACCGACUACAACUACAACUAGUAAUGCGCCCGCUAUUGUGAAUACAACGCUAAUAAGAAGUGCACUGAAUAAUCAAGUCAAUCAUGAAACGACAAAUUCGCCGCAAAAUGAAAAGGACAUUAAUGUUAAGAGAUCGAAUCAUCAAAAUCUUAAAAAUCAGCAUAAUAACAUUGCUGGUGUUGACACAAUUGCUGUUGAUGCAACAGUAAAAGAAGCAAAACAAACUACCGGAAAUAUUAUUAAAAAUUUCUUCAAAUCAUUUGUGCCUCCAGUGCGGGACGAAGAGAGUGAAACGCAACGGAAAGCUCAUGCUAAACGUGUACGCGAAACGAGACGUUCAACUCAAGGGGUCACUCUUGAUGAAAUUAAAAGUGCCGAAGAAUUAGUUAAAAAGAAAAAUUCUGCUAUGAACAACAACAAUAAUAAUAAUAAUAACAACACUAGUAGCAGUAACAAUGAUACGCAAGCAAGCAAAACUUCAAAUAAUAUACCAAUAAAUAGCGAUUCAGAUACACUAGCAAUUACUGAAGAACAGUCCAGCAAGGCUUCGUCGCCGAAGAUGCUCACAAAAUAUGAAUGCGAUGCGGUAAAUCAGAAAUCUUCGGAAGAUGACGAUGUUGAAAUAACCGCUUCUUUUACGCUAAUGGCAACGAGCUCAGGAAAAUUGCGUUCACUGCCAAACGUCGCUGGCAUCGAUAAUAAAGAUGUAAAUGAAAUUGAAAUAUCAUCGACGGAGGACGAAGGAGAUGGCGGAGAUAAAGAAGUAAGUGCCACUUUUAUAAUGGCACCUCGUAAAACUUCACGUACACCUACACCUACACCUACACCUACACCCACAGAGAGCCACGAAACGACUGUGGUGGUGCCACCGCCCCAUCAAAGGAAUCGUUUAUACUCAAGAUCGAGCAGUGUUAGCGAUGACGAAAGCAAUGCUAAAGAGAAUCGAAGAAGGCGGCUCAGAUCGAUUAAGCACAAUAAAGAAAAUGACAAUAAAAAGACUGAAUCGCCAUCACCGCCGCCACCUGCGGAAGGUAUGCGCAAACCGAGUACACCCACAAGGCAAUUAAACUUGCAACGUUUACACAGCGCUAACGAACGCGUCCGUUCGGCAUUUUUCAAUCCUCUGCCCCUUUCAACCCAACACACCUCGACAGCAACGUUAACAUCACCAACCACAACGUUAUCUGGACAAUAUGUCCCCUCGCCUACUCUGGGUAGUCCGGUACGUUUGCGUGAAAAGCGCCCCUAUUUCGAUACCGACAAUACUAACAAUACAAUAACAUUGGCCGAAAAAUUACGUAACGAAGCGAAUAAAUACAAUGAGAACAAUGAGAAACGAAACGAUGUUACAACAUCAUUGCCGUCGACGGGUAACAAUGAGAGCAAUGAACUGAGUACCACAAGCAGUUCUAUAUUUGGGCCGGUAAUUGGAGUAGGCCCGGUAACUGGUGUAGGUUAUAAUUAUACAAGUCGUCGCAGUUUGGAUUCAUCGUCAUUGCCAUCUUCGCCGUUGCAUACACGCGAACGUGAAAGUGGCGGCAAUGAUUUUUCUAAUGUCGGCUCCAGAGAAAUAAGCAGUGCUGGCUUUUAUCCUGCCGAACGUCGGCCCUCAUGGCGUAUGAAAUUUGAUACUGGUUCCAAGUUUAAAUUAGAAGACGCCUCUAGUGGGAAUUCUUCAUAUCCACCGAAUAACAGCAUAAUAAUACCAAGUGCUCCGGCAGUUAUAGCAGCUGCUAAUCUAUCAUCGACCGCCAUGUCACAGCGCAGAACUAGUGGUGGCAUGAAUCCUAAUAUUUCUUCGUCAGCGAACCAAUCAAUACAUACGAUUGGUAGACCGGUGUCUGCGCCACCGAAUAGUACCAUAACUAAUAGCUCUAUAGCUACCUUAACAAGCGCUUCGGCAACAUCUAGCCACACGGAGGCUGAUACUAGUUCCACUGGAUCUUUUAUGCCUCGUCGUGUUUCAGCAUCGACUUCCACAACCGCCUUGGUGCCAGAGACGUGUACUGUUUCGACAACCACAACAAAUUCAGUAGCCACCACCACAUCCGGUAUUAGUAGUGCUAACGAUGACAGAGAUAAUGAUAAGGAAAAUGAUAGCCGCAGUGCUUUAGCGACACAAGCCGUUAUACAACGUCGAAGGAAGCCGAAAAGAAGAUCAACUGGGGUUGUCCACAUCGACAUGGAUGAUCUCGAUCCAGAACGACAAGAUGAUGAUGCUGAGGACAGAGAGAGUGGCGGUGAGUCCCGGCAACCAUCUCGUUCCCGUCUAGCCGGCUUGACAAGUUCAAUUACCCCUUCCGCAUCUUCGAACUCUGCCUCGGAUGAGAAAAAAGCCAAUGAUAGAUCUGAAAGCGUUGAUAACAUUGAUUAUAAAGCACUUUGGGAAGCCGUCAAAAUGGAAAAUGAAAAACUCAAACAGCAAUUGAAGAAAAAAGACGAGGAGAUUACACAAACCAGAGCCACACUUGAGAGAUUAGCCAAUGCCACCACUAAAAAUUCACUCUCAGAGAUUGAAAAACGUGAAAGGAGAACUAUGGAACGCAAACUUUCUGAAUUGGAAGAAGAGUUAAAGCUACUGCAGAAGCUAAAGAAUGAGAAUGAACGUUUACGUGCUGAAAAUCGUGCUCUAACACGAGUCGUUUCGAAAUUGACAACAUCGGCACAAACUCAACUCUCAAAACAAAAACAAUAAAGCAAAUUUUUCUUUUUUUUUUUUUUUCUCUC